AUGGAUAUGAAGCAAAUAAUAUUCCUCUUUAUAACGUGUAUCGUAGCAUAUUGUAAUUCGCAAACAUAUACCCAAGGAUAUCGUUAUCCUGCUCAGCGGAGAGCCGGCUAUAGUUAUACGCCUACAUCAUAUAAUCGUGGAGCUGUUUCGACGGUUUCAAAUAAUCGUAAUUCAUAUUCAACGGCUACCAAACCAUAUUAUCAAACAAAUUCGAAUGCCUAUCGUUAUUCGACAACACAACGACCGAGUACAGCUGUGAAAGGAUAUAGUUCGGCAGCUAAGGAUACACGUUAUAAUAGCUACAAUUCAAGAGCAUAUUCCACACAAACAGCUACAUCGGCAAAUAACCCUGUACGCUGGUAUGCCUCUUCCGAUGAUUAUAAACGCAAUAAUUAUAUUACAACACCUGCUGACGAGUCAGCCACUACUCAGCAGGAUACUAGAUCUUCCACAAAUACCAAGGAUAAUUUAAGAAAUACCUACAACAGUGCCACUAGCAACUCCCAGGACACUCGUCGAAAUCCGGCAACUAUACCCGAUGCGGAAAAUGCCAAAUUUGCUGGGACCGAUAAUCAGGAAAAGGAUGAUGAAUCUUCACCCCGAACCGCAUUAUAUUUGAAGCGUCGAAAAUUUCUACGACAACGUUUGGCAGCUGCUUCGGCUCUGCGUAAUCGUUGCUUGGCCUAUGGACGUGAUGCUCAGGCAGAGAAAACCAUAACACCACCACCUAGGGAACAAGGACGUUUUCUAUUCGAUGUUAAUGUAUACAAAGUGUAUCCUCAAGGACCUGUAGCGGCACCAUUAGGUUGUGGUGGUUACGGUGGAGGUUUUGGUGGAGGACUUUUUGGUGAUGAUUUGGGUUAUGGUGGUGGCGGCGCCGGCCUGGGUGGUGCAUUAGCAGAUCCCUUAUUAGAUCCUGUCUAUCCAGCCACUCCAGUGUUAAAUCAAAUUUUGGGCGCUUGGGCUCCGGGUAUAUUGAAUAAUGCCUUGGCGGUUACAGCUCGGCCCUUGGCAGAUCCCCUACCACCACCAACAAAUUCAGAUCAGGAUUUACAAAAUGAUCCAGAUGUCGAUCCAGAUUAUCAGCGGCCAGUGCCAAUACGUAGACCAAGGCCGAAUCGGGUGUAUUAUGAUUCAGCGGGAGCGGCUCCCUUGACCCCUGCCCAAUUGGUUGGCGGUGUUGCCACCACUGUGAAUGGCAUUAUACAACAGCUAACUGGCAAUGUCCAGCCGGUAUAUCAAUCUGCCUAUACACGCUCAAAUGGCUCUUACAGAUCCAAUCGAUAUGGUUAA